UGGUCUGAAACACAAUUUGCGGCAUGUACCUUUAAUGUGGCUGGAGCUGGAGAGAAGUAGACACGCUCAUUUCCCCUUGGAAUCCACCUUUUCCUCUAAUUAAAUAUCGUUGGUCUAUUCUUCAAUUAUAUGAACAUUACACGUCGAACCCUCAGCUCUGCAUGCCGCUUGAUUAACAUCAACUGUAUCAGAAACAUCUGCUACUCACAGUGUGUUAUGACAUCAUCAAGGCAUACAAACUCCAAAAGGAUUGAGGGGCUGGACAAGAAUGUUUGGGUGGCCUUCACCUCGGUGGCAGCAGACCCCACCAUAGUGAACCUGGGCCAGGGUUACCCCGACAUUCCUCCCCCAGCCUACAUCAAGGAGGGCCUGGCUAACGCUGCUGCAGUAGACAAGCUCAACCAGUACACAAGAGGCUUUGGCCACCCGUCUCUGGUAAAGGCUCUUUCUCAGGUGUAUGGGAAAGUGUAUGGACACCAGAUUGAUCCUUUCAAGGAGAUACUGGUCACAUUAGGUGGCUAUGGAUCCUUGUUCAGUACCAUGCAGGCACUGGUGGAAGUGGGAGAUGAGGUUAUAAUUAUCGAACCCUUCUUUGAUUGCUAUGUACCCAUGGUUCGAAUGGCAGGGGCAACACCUGUCUUGAUACCAUUACGACUUAGAUCCAAUAAGGAGACCAGUAGUAUUUCCAGUGCUGACUGGGUCCUGGAUCCAGAGGAACUAGCCAGUAAAUUCACCUCAAAGACCAAGGCCAUCAUUAUCAACACUCCCAACAACCCCAUUGGGAAGGUAUUCACCAAGGGUGAGCUUCAGAAUAUCUCCGACCUCUGCAUCAAACACGAUACUCUGUGCAUCAGUGAUGAGGUAUAUGAAUGGCUCAUCUACAAGGGACACCAACACAUCAAAAUAGCCACUCUUCCUGGCAUGUGGGACAGAACGAUCACCAUCAGCAGUGCAGGGAAGACCUUUAGUGUGACGGGCUGGAAGCUUGGCUGGUCUAUAGGGCCAGAACACUUGAUAAAGCACCUUCAGACUGUAAUGCAGAACACCUUGUACACCUGUCCAACGCCGCUGCAGGAGGCUGUGGCCCAGGGCCUGCUGAGGGACUAUGAGCUGAUGGGUCGGCCUGAGUGUUACUUCUCCUCUCUGGCCGUGGAGCUGGAGGGGAAGAGGGACCGUAUGGCUGCUAUCCUACAGGACGUUGGCAUGUCUCCUAUCAUACCUGAGGGAGGGUACUUCAUGUGCGUGGACGUCACACCCCUUAAUCAGGACUUGUCUCAUAUGAGAGAUGAUGAGCCUUACGACUACAAGUUUGUCAAGUGGAUGAUUAAGGAGAAGAAACUGGCAGCCAUUCCGGUCACAGCAUUCUGUGGUGAUGCUUCCAAGAAGCAGUUUGGGAAAUACAUCCGUCUAUGCUUCAUCAAGCAAGACAGCACUCUGGAUGCAGCGGAGGCGAUCUUCAAGAACUGGAACAAGUAAAAUACGUCCUGUUGGACAUAAGGUUUUGUCUCAAGACCCUCUCUUUUUACUGUGACACCCCAAUAACACGUUACUUUGUAGGACAGGUAUGGCACGGUUUGUAGGACAGGUAUGGCACGGUUUGUAGGACAGGUAUGGAACUGUUUGUAGGACAGGUAUGGCACGGUUUGUAGGACAGGUAUGGCACGGUUUGUAGGACAGGUAUGGAACUGUUUGUAGGACAGGUAUGGAACUGUUUGUAGGACAGGUAUGGAACUGUUUGUAGGCUGUUUGUAGCCAGAAGAGGACUGGCCACCCCUCAUAGCCUGGUUCCUCUCUAGGUUUCUUCCUAGGUUUUGGCCUUUCUAGGGAGUUUUUCCUAGCCACCGUGCUUCUACACCUGCAUUGCUUGCUGUUUGGGGUUUUAGGCUGGGUUUCUGUACAGCACUUGGAGAUAUUAGCUGAUGUACGAAGGGCUAUAUAAAAUAAACUUGAUUGAUUGAUAGGACAGGUAUGGAACUGUUUGUAGGACAGGUAUGGAACGGUUUGGCCUGUUUAUAUUUGUAGACAUCUUCGUGUUUUUUAUGUUCUUUUAUUUUAUUGCCUUUCAUUUGAUUGGAUGUUAUAUGACACACACAUAGAAUGGAUUAACUUCCAGGUUUGAAUUUCCUCUUUGUGACAUCAGCGCUUGCUGAGUAGCAGUCGUCAUCCUGUCAACGUUGUUUUCCUCUACCCUUCAUAUGAUGUUUUGAUCCUGUGUAUCCCUCCUGGUGUUGUAUUUCAUCUGUGAAUAAAAUAUUACUUUUUAGAA